AUGCCUGCAUCGCCCACUGCUGGCGGGCAGGUUAACUUACCGCGCCAGUCUAAUCCAGGAGGGCUACCCGGCACAAUUGCGCUGCCAACGCACACGAAUGCGAAUAAUGCAGACCCGACUUUAUGCUAUACCCCGGAAAUGCCGAGUAGUACGCCUGCCUCAAGCACUCAUACUUCAUCCUCAACCCCGUCCUCUACCCCGUCCUCCACUCCCAUCAUUGAUGUUCACCCCGGCAUCUUCAACGCAGUCCAGCACGGGCACUUUGUCCACCAAGACGUCCUACACGACUGUUUUAUCAACGAAUCCCAGUCCGGCAUCGACUCGCAAGAGCGAAGUCAUCUAUUGUAUGUACGGUACGAGCCUGGAGCGAAUGCUGGUACGACGAUCGCUACCAGCGCCAGGGUUUCCGCGUCGUCAAAAACAUUGGGUGACCGAGGCAGCGUGCGACUCUACAUGAGGUGCUCUGCGCGCAAGGUCGACUCGGAAGUCUGCAGCCCUUCUCCAUGCUAG